AUGGAACGUAUGACGCAGGAUUCACUGUUUGAGCCUCCUUCAAAAUUGUGCCGUACGUCUGCUGACAUCAAUCAGCCUGCAAAGAGGGAACAAGAUCGUAAUGCAAAGCUGGAAAAAAUGCGGACACUUGAACAACAAAUAAUGUAUGAUAAAGCUAAAACAGAGUGGGAUCGGAUGAUGCAUGAACACGAAGCAAUUAAAAUGACCCGGAGCCAUAUGCCUCCUCUGUUACCGCCUUGUUCCUCUCAAUCAUCAGUUCCGGUUCCUUAUCCAUGCACGUUUGCUAAUCAGAAUGGAAUAGUGAUGCAAGGGACAUGUCGACGAUCCAUAUAUCCACAACCACUACAACCAACAGAGCCGCCGUCCUCAGUCUCCAAUAUUUCCAUAAACACUCCGAUGACGGUCUCAUUACCGCAAGUUUCUGGGUCAAACAUGCCAAUGUCUCAACCCUUAAGGCCAUCUCUUAAUCCAUCCGCUUGCAACAUGCAGUACUCACAGUGCAGUUUUAUGUGUUGUGCUUAUCCUUCUAGUACCUAUCCUCCCUCACAAGGUUAUUCCCAUAUAAAUGGUGCAGCAUCAUCAUACUUUCCUUCCAGCUUCGCCCCCAACAAUGGAAAUGUAACACCACAACCCAGAGACUAUGGUAUGUACCAACAAGGAAUUCGGGCAGUGUGCUCACCGGAGAAAAUGGAGAAUGAGAUGUGGAAUAGGCAAAUACCGACAGUGUCUGCUGACUUCAACAAUACCUUUCUGAACCAAAAAGUGCAAUAUCAUCCUAAUGGCGCAGUGGUAGACGAGAAAUUGUUGGAUGCGGUUGCUAGCACGAAUGCAAUGUUUGCUUAA